AUGACGCGAAAUAUUCUCAUUGUCGGGGCUACUGGCCAACAAGGCAAAGCCAUCAUCGACGCCCUAUACAAGACCCUUGACAGCUCGCUUGGACAUGAAGACACCAGGAUCCUUGCGUUGACAAGGUCUAUUGAAUCGCCAAAGGCUCAAGCUCUCCAAGCAGAGUAUCCAGGAAUUACCCUUGUGAAGGGAGAUACCCAGACGCCGCAGCCCAUUUUCGACCAACAUCCAACCAUAUCAUCAAUCUUCGUAGUUGCGGUUCCGCCAAAUGAUGAGGCACAAGCGCUCCCUCUCAUCGAAGCGGCAACAUCGCAUCCAUCUGUUGACCACAUCGUCUUCUCUAGUGUUGACCGUGGUGGCGACCAGGUUAGCUGGUCGCAACCAACCGAGAUUCCUCACUUUGCCGCCAAGCACCGCAUUGAGCUACGACUGCGGGAAUUAUGCAAAGAGAAUAACAAACGAUGGACAAUUCUGAGACCGACAGGCUUUAUGGAUAGCUAUAACUCUGGUUUCUUCGGUCAGAUGAUGGCGUCCCUUUGGGCAGAGGGGAUGCCCAAGGAUCGCAAGAUGCAGCUGAUUAGCACCCAUGACAUAGGCGUGUUUGCAGCAAAAGCACUUUUGAACCCAGAUGUUUGGGCGGGAAAGGCAUUAGCAUUAGCGGGUGAUGAGUUGAGCUUUUCUGAGCUACAGGAGAUUUUUCAAGAAGUGGUGGGAGAGGAGCUGCCCCAGACAUACAAGAUUGUAGCAUAUCCAAUACUAUGGAUAGUCGAAGAUGCGUCGAAGAGCUUUGCGUGGUUUAGGGAUGCGGGUUGGAAGGCGGAUAUACACACCUUGAGAGCACAGGAACCUGGUCUCCAGAGCUUUGCUUGCUGGCUCAGGGAGUCGAGUAGAUGGAAUUAUGUCUGA